AAUUCUGAAAACGCUUAUGCAAAAGGAGAAUGCUGCUCCGUGCAUCCAAUCUUUUGAAGUCAGAGGAGCUGAUCUCCUACCAUAAUCAGAUAGUGGAUUUGAAGCCGCUGGCCGUAGCCCUUGCCAUUCCUGAAAAGCUGAUGGCUGUGGCAGAAAAGAGCAAACCCGUUUCUUUAUCGCCUGUGAAACAGAGCAAUCUGCAUUUGCCAACCACAACUGCUGUGUGCGUAAGUUGAACAGAUCCAAUAUUGCCCUUCGACCCGAGGCAUACGAGUUGAUCAUACGCCAAUCUUCGUUGCUUCAUUAAUAAACCUCAGCGCUUAUAUUUGCAAAGUCAGAGGUUACGGUAAGAAAGGCAUAAAAUAUGUACAUCUCUAUGCUACUCCCUCCCACCCCUUUUUAAAAUUAUCUUCGGUUGCAGCCUUUUCUUUGUAACAUGAAUUUUCUGCAACAAAGUGGUAAUCGAUUCUGGCAUACUCUUUCAGCUGAUGUGCUUAUGUGUCGCUUAGUUAUGAAUUACUUGGUUUUAGUGAGAUAUACUAGGCUAAAUCUAUGUGCCUUUUUUCAAGAGUGCCUCCAUCCUGAUCGGAGUCUAUCUCUGUUUUUUUCUGACCUCUUGGGUGGGCUCGUGAGGUGCUAGGGUGUGCAAGUUUAAUCACUGCGAUUGUUGUUUGGUGAUAUGCCGGUGAAUUCGCUGAGGAGUCGAAAGCUUUUGGAGCAUCAGAUCCGGGUGCAAGUGAAACGGCUUCGAGAAAGAAGAGGAAAGGAGCUUCAUCGAUUUGUACAUGGAUCCAAAUGAUUUGUGGGGAUAUGAGGUGGAAGCGACUGGAAACUUUGUGGGUUGGCAUUAGAGUUUAGAAAUGGGGCAAACUGGAGAAAGAUGCAGAGCGUUGGAAAGACAUAUAUAUUGGACGGAAUUCGCUCCCAAUAGACACCAAUUUUUCAAGCUAAUGAUGGGCGAUUUCAGAAACCAGCUGCGAAUUCCAAGAAAGUUUGUGAGUCAUUUUAAGGAGGAACUACGGAGUGCUGCAAGACUUAUAGGGCCGAGUAGAAAUGUGUGGAUUGUGAAAAUUGCAAGAACUGAUGAUGAUAUUGUUUUUCAGAUUGGUUGGGAAAAAUUCGUGCAGGACCACAGUUUGGCAGAAAGAGAUUUUCUUGUCUUCCACUACAUUGGAUACUCUUCUUUCAAUGUCUCCAUUUUUGAUGAAACAGGAUGUGAAAGAGAAGGUGCUUUUUUCGUCAAUAAACACAUUUCGUGCACUAGAAAUGAAUGCUUUCUUCAAAAUGACGAGGAGAAAAUUCUGCAAAUUACUGAUGUGGAAGAAACGGAGGGAAAGGUAAAGAAAGAUAAACUAAAAGGUAGAGAUGGUGAGAUCGGAGAGGUGCGAGAAAGAAACCUGAAAAGCAAAACUUCGGUGCUCGUUGGAACCAGCUUUGAGGCCAGCAAUUCAAACAUAGAAACUUUUGGUGAUAGGAAAGAAGACCUCUGGCCGAAAAGAAAAAAGUAACAGCUCAGAAAACCCGAUUUAUUAUUGACUUGACCUCUUCAGGAAAGGAGUUAAAAAUCAGUCCACCAUGAACUCAAGCAAGUUAAAUGAAUGUCGUGGUUUUUGGGGGGCUUAUAUCUGGCAGACUGGCACCCCGUGCUGUCUACAAGAGACACGUUCAUUCUAAUUUUUUUGUUGAGGUGACUUCCAUGAACUUGAUCAUUACCUUCAUGGGAUCUGCGUUUACUGAUGUUGUAGCAGAAUCUAUAAUAUUAUUAAUGGUUCUGAUCGGCGGACUUGCUUUGUUC